CGUUUUUUAGACCAGCAAGAUUCUCAAAAAUCCACGGUUUCAACCAGCUGUUAAGACCGCUAGCUGUUACGGUCUAUUCUAGGCAAUUAGAAAUUUUAGAACCAACUCCCACAACAGUUGAAAAAUCAAAUUCUGCUCACGCCCAUGUUGUCUGGUGCUUUAUUUUCAUCGAAUAUGAUAUGAAGCACCUCAUAAUAACUAUUCUAAUUCGGACAACUAUAUUUUGGGUUUUUAUUUUAAAUCCCACUCUUUUACAGUACCAGGAAAAGUUACCGGCGUAAAAUGCGAACCAGAUGAAAAAUCUCAGAACAAGAUUCUCACAUGGGACAAAUGCAAUGACGACACAGUGCAUUACACAAUCAAGUUAUGGAAAAACAAUCAACCACUAGAGUCCGUAACCACAAUGAAAUCGGUGUAUGAGUUUAUUGACUUGCAACCUGGGAGCUUCACUUUCCGUGUUUCAGCUGGAGGAGGAGAGGAUUCAGACCCUUGUCACUUAGUAGUCACGGAAUCUCCCGAAGUCAGAGUCCAGAUCAUCGAAUGGAACGCUGUUCUUAUUUCCUGGUCACGAAUCGAAAAGGCCACGUCAUAUUUGUGUGUUCUCUCAUCCGGAACCAGAAAUGAAGAGUUCGAAAUUAAAAACUAUACCGAAGUCUGGUUGGAUGAGAACUCAUUUGAAUUCAAACAAAGUGAGAAAUAUACAGCCACAAUCUGGGCGAUUUGGAAUGAGCACUAUAGCGCUCCCUCGCGGUUUGAUUUUAUUACAGGUCUAGAUGUCCCAACUGAAAUUAAAUCGGAAUGGGAAUGGGCGGACCCAGAUCGGAGAACAAAACCAACUGGAGCCGUGAAAUUUAAAUGGAAGCCGUCGCCCUAUUCGCGUAUGUUCGCCGUCAAUGUGACCGAUUUUGAAGGAAAAGUUGUGGAUUCCACUGAAGUGGCAAGACCUGCUUGGAAGUGCUUGAAUUUGAGACCGGGAAAGGAACAUCGAAUCCAUAUAAGGCCGGGGAAUGUUCAUAAGUUUUUUGAGAACUCUACAAGUGCUACUUUUAUAACAGCCCCGCCGGCCCCAGCUAAAGUGGAAACAAGAGUAAAUAUUCAUAACAAAACAUCGUCCAUGAACGUUAUAAUAACAUCAGAUUAUGACGGACCCUUCAUUACAAAAGCCUAUAAAGACAAGAAAGGGAAACGAGGCGAUGUACAAUCCGUACAUGUUGGUUGCAGCAAGACGUUUACGAUUCCAAACUUAGAACCUGGGCAAAGAUAUUACUUCUCCUCACAGUCUAUCUAUGGAACGUAUGAGACAAAGCCGACUUUUCGCGCUUCCUCGUGAUAACAAGUGAGCGAUGCGCAAAUAUAUGGACACGUCGAUGAAAAAAAGCAGUAUUCUACCUUGCCUUAUACAGCAUUUUACCUAGUCUAUUGUACGAUGCAGUCAAAAAGCUUUCGAGUAACACGAGAGAGGUCGCAGAACCGCUGCAAAUAAUUUAUAUUAAUUUUUAGAAAGAAAUCGCAAAAUUUUGAAGUGAAAAACCUACAGAAAGUUUUGAAAUGAAUAGAAGUUGCCUAGUUGGAAAUGGGAAAUAUAAUCUUCAACCAUUGAAAAUUUCAAAGCAAUUAGUCUAGUAUUCGAAGA